CCCUAAAUAUUCCAUUGGUUUGGUCGAAGAAAGUUUUUCACCGGAUUAAAGCUUCCACCUUUGGUGGAAAUUUUCCCAGGAAACAAGCAGAACGGUAGAAGGAUUCAGAGAAAACGCGAGAAAGAAAUAAACUUCUUCUUCGAAAGUUGAUACCUCCAUUAACCCACGGUCGUACUUCUCGUUUUCUCACUUGGGUCUAGGGAAAAACCAGAAAAAAGCUGCCCGAGUCGCAACAAUGGCGGUUCAGUGGGUUCUGCUGUGUCACGGGUUGGUGACGUUAACGGUGGUCGUCUCCUUCCUUUGCGGCCGAUGGCCCAUCUUCAAGAACACACCAAUUCAAUGGAUCCACCAUUUCCUCACUUUCGGCGCCUACGAUUACUUCCUCCGCUUUGUCGGGGUGGUGUUUGGUUCGAAAGGUACGGAGGCGAUUUUGUCGGUGGAGUAUUACUGCUGUGAUCGGCCUAAUCCUAUUCUGCAAAUCAUGUAUCUCGGGAUGAUUGGAUUAACGUACUUUGCGAUUGCAAAAUCUUCCUUCACCUAUCUUCCUGGACACUAUAUCGGCGAAGUUCACAAGUACACAAGCUUUCUGGCUGUUAUUAUCGGUAUCACCUUUUUCAUAUUGACAAGCUUUUCUGAUCCAGGAACUGUGAAGCCUCGGAAUGUUUCACAGUACAUUUCUGCUUACCCUUAUGACGAUAUUAUAUACUCGGAGAAAGAAUGUUCUACGUGUAAAAUCCCGAAACCUGCUAGAUCAAAGCAUUGUAGCAUCUGCAAUCGCUGUGUGGCCCGGUUUGAUCAUCAUUGCGGGUGGAUGAAUAACUGCAUAGGAGAAAGAAAUACAAGAUACUUCAUGGCUUUUCUUUUAUGGCAUUUCCUUCUUUGCCUGUACGGAGCAGUGGCCAUUGGAUUGAUUCUUGCAGGGCGACUGAAAGAGCUCCGUGUUGUACAUAUUUUUACGGUAUAUUACGGGAUAGACGAUUCUUUCCGUAGCUUAGCUCCUCUGGUUUUACAGUGGCUAAUGGGUUCAUACAAUACCCAGAUACUUGUAAUGGUGUUUCUCGCCAUUGUUUCUCUCCUUCUUGCUGGUUUUUUCGGUUACCAUGCCAAUCUCUGCCUAUCCAACACUACCACCAAUGAGACAUUCAAGUGGAACGAGUACAUAAGCUGGCAGAAGAAGCUAAGCGAAGCAAAGGCGAGCGCUGCGGCCCUGAAAGGAAACAUCCAGGGCUCGGCCACCGAGCCAGAUCCUCCAGAGAGAAAAUGCAGAAGAUCUGCUGCAGUUGAAGCCAUUGUCGUGCGGAAUAUGUACGACAGAGGAAGCUUGUCCAACGUUUCCGAGAUUGUGUUUCCGUUGUCCUCAAGACCGUCUUUUCGGAAAGCAAACCCUAAAUCCGAUUAGUAUUUUUUUCCUGACGAAAGCUUUUUGGUUAUGGUCAGUUUGUUUCGUCUUCAUAAGAUAUCAUGUGAUGACAUUGUGUUCGGUCCAAACUUCAUUUGUCAAAGCUGUCUCCCAUACUCCGACCAAUUGGUUUGAAACUAUUUUAGCACAAAAGUUGUAACCUUUGUAUCUGAAUUCUAAAGAUCUAACAUUUGAUUUCAGGAAAGACCUGUAACGGAUACGAUGUUUAAACAGA